ACUAAGCCCAAUUGUGAAUUUCCCAUCUAACCCAUUUCCCCAUUGUUACACGCGUGCUCCGGAGUUCGUCUAUUCUUUUCCUCCGGCGACCCAUAUAUACCGCCACCUUGCCUUCCUUCCAUGAAUUAUUCCUUUUUCGUCUCUUUGCCGCCAUUCUUGUGUUCAGAGUGAUUGAUUGCGGUAUGUUCUCCGAUUACAGUUAGCAUUUUGAGAAUCUAACUUAGAGCUUAUUCACUUCAAUCUUUGAAAGUUGCACCGCUAAAACCCUAGGUUUGGCACUAGUUAGGAUUCGUUUGACUAUUUGAUGUAUUUCUCUUGGAUAUCCUAAUAAUUCUUAUGACUUUUAUACACUCGAUUAAGUGUGAUUUUCUUGCUCUAAAAGUUUGAGAACUAAACCGAGUUCUAGAUCUUACUAUUCUGCCAGCUGCAUUUUAAAUUGGUUUUGACUUAAUGAGAUGUUUGCUUAAUUUAUGUUGCAUGAGUUUUGUCGAAUUUUGUGCUAUUUAUUAUGUAUUUGAUUAUGUUAUAUUUUUUAUGCUUGUAUAGGCGAAUAGUUCGAAUGCAUUCUCUUUCUUUUGUUAAAAUGAUGUUUCUGCUUAACUGAGUUGUUGCCCUUGAGUUCAAUGAUGUUCAAAGCCUCUGCUUGUCGGAUGCCACUAAUCAGUAACCUACAGAAAAUGUCGGAACGCUUUCCUUUUACAUGGUGACCGUUGUUCUGAAUAUUGAUCCUUUGGAUUUAAAAUUCAUCUACAAUUUUUUGUAUAUUAAUCCUCUCAUUUACGUAGGAGUACUUUUUUCUGAUUUACAUUGUUGCCUUGGGUUUUAACGCAGACCAAUUUGUUGAAACUUGUGAUUUGAUAACGUUCUGAAUUAAUCCUACCAACAUAAACAAUGCAUCCCCCCAAGGCAAAGGCAACCCAGAUUUCCCACGCCUGUCGUAGUACUAUUAUUAUGAAAAACUUUUAGUAGUGAUUUGUUUUAUUUGAUUUAUAUGGGCAAGGUCGUCAACACACAGGCAAAAUACCCUGCAUGGUCUUCCUCUUCCUCAUCCGAGGGAGGUACAGUAUUUUUAAGUAUUUUUGUUUCUAUUUCCCUCUUAUCAUUUUUUCCCAUAUACACUGCUUUGGGAUUGCCGAUUAGUUUAUCCAAUCCUGGUCUAGUUUCAAUCUAGUUAUUAUUAUUCUAUUCGGGUUUCAUGUAUUGAGUCAAGUCUAAAUUUAACGGUUCUAAAAGUUCUGAUUAGGUUUAAGGGUUUGUUUCUAGGUUGUUGAAAUAGAGGGCGAAAGGAAAAUUUAAGGGUAUUAUGCCUCGUUACCGUGGCGAGACUCCUGGUGUUCGAGUUUAUACAGUUUGCGAUGAAUCUAAGUACCUCGUUGUCAAGAAUGUUCCAGCAUUGGGUUGUGGUGAUGAAUUGUUGAGACUUUUCUCAACAUAUGGGCAGAUUGAAGAAUGCAAACCAAUGGAUGCUGAAGAUUGUGAGCCCUUUACCGAUGUUUACUGGAUUAAGUUUCAUCAGGUUGACAAUGCUAGGUUUGCUAAAAGGAAGUUGGAUGAGUUUGUUUUUCUGGGGAACAGGCUGCAGAUUUCAUAUGCACCUCAUUUCGAGAGCUUGUCCGAUACCAAGGAGAAAUUAGAAGGGAGGAGAAACGAAGUUCUUGCACGGUUGAAACCUAGGAGCUCCAAUGCCUCUGCAGCGUAUGGUCAUGGGCCAUCAGCUAGAGACCAGUCAUUGGGGUUGCAACAACGGGAAUUUGGAGACUCUCAUUACACUGCUAGAAGUGGAGGUUCUGCUUCCGUGACUCAUGUUUCUUCUGACAAGGAGUAUUUCCCAUUGGAAUCUAUGAAUCAAACAGUUCGCCUGGUUAGAGAGAAACUUAAUGAGAUACAAUCAAGCGCUGACAAUUCAGAAGUUCAGUCGUCUAAAAGACCACGUGUUGACAAUAGGCGGAGAAUCUAAUGUUCUUGAAAGAGUUCUGUCCUAUGUCCGAGCUCAGGUGAUAUCAUGAUGUGGGACAAAUUUGUUUAAUAUUUACUUCUUUGGUAGGAUCCUCGUGACUGCUGUAGAGAUGUGAAAUUGCAUUUGGAGGUCAACAAAUGUAGAUCUGCUGGUCCUCUUUAGGAAAAGGACAAAGGGCUGCAACAAUUCUAAGUUGCUAAGGGCUUCGACCUUUUUCUCCUGUUUAAGUUGAAAUCUUUUAAAUCAUUGGAAAUCUCUCCAUUACCAUUGAUGUUUUGUUAUGUUGGUGGACAUGGGUGAGGAUGGGGGAAGGGGCCACUCAUAUACGUGCAAAGUCCUUUAUAAUCAUAAGAAGUCCCUCGACUGGGAGUGUGGGGGAACUUUGCUGCUUACUUCUUUUUGUACUUUGUAAAAUAUAUUGAGAGGUCAGGAUAAGAGAUCUCCGAAAGUCUGGCAAAACAAACUUUCUGAGUUGCAAAACAAAUUUGUUAACUGUGGAUGGUAUCGAGGAAAAAGUAAUAGUACAUGCGUAGAAUGGGACUUCACAAGCAGGAGAAAGGUGAUGGCGCUUCAACAGGAAGCCCUGCAUAUGUUUCACAGAAAGAGAAGCCCUGCAUAUGUUUCAAAGAAAGAGAAGCCAAAAAACCUUAAGGAGAAGUGCACAAGGAAGAAUGCAUAGAAGGUCCUAACUGCCAAGACACAAACCAAGAAGGCAACAUGUUCCUUCCUUUUCUGGCAGUCAACCAAAAUGAACUGGAAUAAGGAGAUUUUGUUGGAAGAAUUGCCUGAAAUCAACAACUGAACUCUUGAUGUGCUCAUCGGACCCGGUUACAUGGAAGGUUAUGCUUAGCAGAAGGAAAAGUUGGAAUGAUUAAAGCUGCAAAAGCAAUCAGGCAUGUGACAAGGAAUCGAUGGAACACGAGCUCUGGUGGUAGACAAUCCCAGGGGAUUUUGCCGUUUGUCUGCAAUUUGUUCUGUUGGCCAUGUGGGCUGCUAACGAACCAAAAGUUCCGCUAGUCUUAAUUGCUACCAACCAAAGCUCGAUAUCAAUACAGUUUACUUUUGCGUUCGAAUACAUAAAUUUGGCAUUGCUCGUAAUCGAGCUUAAUGCUGAUGUUACAUUUCUGUACACAAUCAUUUGGUUAGACAGUUUGAGCACAACUUCAAGGAGUCCUUAAAGUUCUACA